AUGGCGGCCAUGGUUUCUUCUUCACUUUCGGCCAACCCACUCUCCCUAUGUCUCUGCGUAUCUACUUCACUCUCUUCAAAAACUAGACUUCACAAAAGACUGUCACCUUUACUUGCUUCUCUAAGACCCUCUUCAUCAUCGUCUUCGCAUGAACCAUCACCAGCCACACAAAGUGACAACCUUAAAUCCGCUAAGCCAUCAAUAAAGGCACCCUUUGUUGAAUCGUCUAAGCCCCUAGAUAAGGCCUACAACCAUGCCUUGGCGAAUCCGAAUGGGAACCUUGUUUUGCGGUUUGUUCAAACCACGGAGUCUUCCAUUGAAAGGGUGAUAUUUGACUUUCGCUUUUUGGCACUUCUUGCUGUUGGUGGAUCAUUGGCUGGUUCCUUGCUCUGCUUUCUCAAUGGAUGCGUCUACAUCUUUGAUGCAUAUAAAGUAUAUUGGACAAGCUGUGUCAAAGGAGUUCACACAGGACAAAUGGUUCUACGACUAGUUGAGGCUAUUGAUGUGUACCUUGCUGGGACUGUCAUGUUAAUAUUUGGCAUGGGCUUGUAUGGAUUAUUUAUUUCAAAUGUGCCUCCUGAUGUUCCACCUGCCACUGAUCGUGCCCUCCGGGGAUCUUCCUUGUUUGGGAUGUUUGCUUUAAAGGAGAGGCCGAUGUGGAUGAAAAUCAGUUCGCUUGAUGAACUGAAGACUAAAGUUGGACAUGUAAUUGUCAUGAUCCUGCUGGUAAAGAUGUUUGAAAGAAGCAAGAUGGUCACUAUAACAACUGGUGUGGAUCUAUUGAGCUACUCUAUAUGUAUAUUCUUGUCUUCUGCUUCCUUGUACGUACUUCAUAAUUUGCACAAGGCGGACUAA